UCAUUAACAUGUCAUCUGUCAAGAUUUGUCAAAUUAAUGGUGGAAGGUGAUAAGGUUGGGUUAAUGGAUAAUUCAUAGGUUUUAAGGAAUAAGUGGUUUAUACUACCAUUAAGAUUUAUAAAUAUAUACAUAUGUAAAUUUUUGUUGAAAGUUUUUGUUUUGUAAGAAGAUGAUCGAUGUUACGCCGCAGAAUUUCCUACAAGAUGAGGCUAAUUUAACAUCGGUAUAUAAUCAACGAUCUUUCCACUUAUCUCGACAAAUCCAUGUUGCUAAAACCAUGCAAGAAAUUAUUCCAGGAGUAUAUCUCGGCCCAUUCACUGCUGCACAAAAAACCAUUCUAAUAGAGAACGGUAUUAACUACAUUAUAUGUGUUCGCCAAGACGUUGAAGCAAAUGUUAUUAAACCACAAAUAAAUGAUCCAACUUUUGCUUAUCUUACUCUCAAUAUUGCUGAUAAUGUAACAGAGAAUAUUAUUAGGUUUUUUCCAAAAGUGAAACAGUUCAUUGAUGAAGCUCUUUCAAAUAAUUGCAAAGUUUUGGUUCACAGCAAACAAGGAAAUUCCAGGAGUGCCACGCUUGUGUUGGCUUACAUAAUGGAGAAAUUUGGACUGACAUCCAGUGAAGCUUUGCAGUUUGUAAGAACGAAACGAGCUACAGUUGACCCAAAUGAAGGUUUCCGUGCACAACUAAUAGAAUAUGAACCUAUAUACAAAGCUCGACAGAUAUUAGCUAAUGGAGAAACGUCCCAGGAUUGUAGAUCUAAAAGAAAAUGUGAACAGCUUACAGAAACUGUCGAUUAUAAUCUUAUUCAGAGGCCGCCAAGUCCGGUAUCAGAUAAUCAUGCAGAAAUAAGUGUUAAAGUCUACGAAGACUUUUCUGAUCACCUAUAUCGACUUCUAAGAGGCAGCUAAAGGGUGCCUAUUUGUAAAGAGUUUUUUGGAUUUAUAACUUAAGGAAGAAAUCUAUAUUUUUAUAUCUUUGUAAAUUUUUGUUUUUGAUUCUUGUAAUAUAGUUAACAUUUAUUUUA